AUGGUGUACAUUGAGAAGUUUGAAGACUUUGAAAAGGCGGUAGAGGAUUUGUAUCUGCAAGAACCCAAUCGCACUAGAUAUUGCACGAGGUAUCGACAUGUAGAUGGACAACUCAUCUUGAAAGUGACUGAUGACAGAACGUGCUUGAAGUUUCGAACCAAUCAACAACCAGACCUGAGAAAGUUUGAACGAUUGACCAAGUCUCUUAUGGAGAAGAUGAUUAGACGGAAAGCAAGACCUGUGCCUGAACCAGCAGUUGCAGACGUGGUAGCAGGCUCAUCAUCAUCGCCUGCAAAGGCCAAAGGCAAAAAGAAGGGGAAAAAGUAA